UCCCUCUUCCUGUCCCUCCCUUCUCAGGCAUAGCGCGGAAGGAUCGCCUGUUGGUCGACGCACGGCACGGCACGGCGUAAUUUCCCAGCCACCGCACGGAAGAUUUCGGUGAGAAACGCGAGAGAUAAUGGCAGGAUCACCGGAGGAAAGAACGGCUCCAGAGGCCAGCACGACGAGUAACGCCGGCAGCAGCAGCAGCAGUAGCAGUAGUAGCUCCAGCAGCAGCAGCAGCGACGAUGACGCGCCGGCAGAGCACACCGCAGGAACCGUCGGCGGGCUGGACGGAAGGGCCCCUCCUGAAGAGCCCGCUGCGGUCGACGGCGCCGGCUGCGGCGUCGUGAACGCGCGAGAACAGCAAUGUGACCACAAGGUGGGUGCAGGGACUGGGAGGCUCAACAUCAGGAGGAGCGAUCUCGUGUUGACGCUGAUGGUUGCAGGAGGGGUUGCCGUCGCAGUUGCAGCAGCUUUCCUCGCCAACAAAAAGCGUUGAUGAUCACCGGGUUUUCGCCGGGCCUUUGGAAAGACCCAUCUGUAUUUUUCUUUGACACUGUUUAAUAAUGUAUAAAAAGGUAUUAAAGGCGAGAUUUCUUGCGGCGUCAAGAAUAAAUU